UGAUGGCUAUUAUCUUGUUUUUAAGCCCAAAUUGGUGUAAAAUAGUUAGAUAACUACCUUUAGUUUGUUUAUUGCUGAAUUUAGAAAAAGACCACUCUUUUACCAGCUUAAAUUGGUUGAAUUUCCUAACAAAAAGAUGGGGAAUGAUUAGAAAACCAUGUUUCAUUGGGUUCAAGAUUUCUAAUUUUUUUUGGCUGAUUACAAAUGUAUUCUUAGAACAAAAACAAUAAAACUUGGUCAAUGAAUUUUUCUGGGAGAUACUCAUUUAUAAAAAUUGUAUAGGAUAAAUAGUGUGUGAGAUCUAUCUACAUAAAUAUAAUCUGUAGAAAUAUGAACUAUAGAAUAGUAAAAUAUGAGACACCAAAUAUAAGAAGAGGUGUUGCAUUCCGAAUAAAACGGAAUCUUACCUAAGAAUGGUUUUGUGGCAAUGUAGCAUAUCAUGUUGCCUUAAAGUAUUAUACUGAAGCAUUUGAUUAUUAGGAUUCUAAUGGAGUUUGAAUGUUCGGAUUUCGAUUCUCGAUCAGGACAAAGGAUAAACAAAUGAUCGUUACUGCCUUAGUUUAAUCGAGACUUUGAGUGAAAUACAUAUCAACUCGGAUUUCCAUCUUGCAUUGAAUUUUAUGGUAUUUGGUUGUGUGCUGAAUCCGAUUGCAUAAAAGGUUUCUUAUAGUCUGUAAGCGGACAUGCUUGGCUCGGCAUUUUCUACUAGGAACGUGAUACUAGUUUUCAUGAGUAUUAAAUCAUUCAUGCCUACUGAAUGGACUCUCAUGUAGCUGGUUAUGAGAAGCUAGUCGCCGUGUGUGUGUGAAGGCGAAGUCCCUGGUAUUUUGCGAGCAUGGAUAAAGAUUCCCCGGACUGUCCAUACCCCGGUUGCUUCUUCUGCGUCAUGAAAGAAGGGAAUCCAAGCAAGCGUAGAUCGAGUUUACUGAAAUUCUUCCGAGAACUCCCCUCUCAAGACGAUGACGGUCAAGUCCUCCCGAUCAGUGGCCUUUGGAACACUGCCAUGGCACAUCCUAAUGAUCCCGAAUUCAUCGAAUUGGGGAUUUUCGAAUGCAUGUCAGCACUCAUCUGGAAGGGCUUAAAGAACCGACGCUGGCUAUCUCAUGACCAGAACAUUUACAUCCCUUACUACGCAGCACACAUAAUCGGAUCAUACUCUAUGAACAUGGAGGAGUUUGCUGAGAUGGCGGUGCACGCUGGAGUCAUCCCGGCUCUGAUCGAGCUUCUGCGAGGGAGGCUAACUUGGGUCGAACAACGAGUGGCGGUCCGAGCUUUAGGCCACUUAGCGACUUACGCUGCGACGUUUCCUGCUGUAUCGAGCCACGGAGAGAUCUUGGAGCUGUCGAUGCAGCUAGCGGCGAGCUCUCUCGAGAUUGUUUACACUCACUUUUACCAGUUCGUCGACAGGAGGCUUAGUUACCACUGUGAUCUCCUCACGCGUGGUAUGGGAGGCGUUGAAAUGGAGUCGAGAAAGGCUGAGGAGUGGGCUAGCCAGCUGCAGUGCUGGUCCCUUCAGCUCAUCAAUUGCUUUGCUUUCAAACCCGAGUUUCUUACAACUAUAUGCAAGCCAGAGUUUCUAGCAAAACUUCCCGGGAUGUGGGGAGGGCUCGUUAACGAGAAUUCACCGGCUGGAAUUGGAUUAUUAAGGACUAUUUGCCAUCAUAAGUUUGGUAGAGGCCCGAUUUCAAGCUCUUCUGGAGUUAUAGAUGCGUUGUGCAACAUAGCACGAUCUUCGGACGACUGGCAAUAUAUGGCCAUCGAUUGCCUUCUUUGGUUGCUCCAAGACACGAGCACCUGUCAUAAGGUUAGCGAUAAAGUCGUGCCUACACUGAUCGACCUUGCAGAAAUAACGACGUUGGGGGAUCAUAAGAAGCUUGGGGAUUCCAUUGUUAGUGUUCUUGAAGAAUGUAUGCAGUCGUCCGGAACAGGUAGAAACUCGAUAAGCAGCAGUGCAAAAGAAGAGAUCGAGGAACUCCUCGCUGCUCGGCAAAGAUUAAAAUGGGAAAAAAACAUGCCGAAAGAGGAUCUUCAUAUCAAACAUGCAGCUGCAUUGGUGGUUAAACUCGAAGGGAACUCCCUGUUUUCAUCUGGGGAUAUUUCUGCCGCGACUUCAAAAUAUUCUGAAGCAUUAGCUUUGUGCCCGAUGAGGUCGAAGAAGGAAAGGGUGGUGCUGUACAGUAAUCGAGCGCAAUGCCAUCUUUUGCUGCAGCAACCGUUGGCCGCGAUAAGUGAUGCCACUCGCGCACUUUGUCUUCACAGCCCCGUCAACCGCCAUGCUAGAAGCCUGUGGAGACGAGCGCAGGCCUACGACAUGCUUGGUUUGGCCAAAGAGAGCCUUCUAGAUGCUAUUUUGUUUAUAAACGAGUUCUCGCAGUCCGCUGAUCCCGAUCUCUCCUUGAGGCAGAACAAAGUGCCCGACUAUGCAGAGCGCCUGGUCAAGAAACAGAUGCGGGCUGCUUGGUUGUUUAGAGAGGCUUCUGUCAAACACGGAGGCGUGCAAUGUGAAGGCGAUGCUGGCGACCACUGUGGCCAAGAGACGGAGGACUCAGAAUGGGAGACGGCUAGCGAGAGUGAUAUGGGAAACGAUGUUGAGGAUGACUUGGGUGAUGAUUUUGAGAGGAAGGAUAGGCAUGUCAAAACCUUGAUGAAAGAUAUGUAGCUAGAGCGAAUGGGACUUGUUGCUCACCGGGGAUGUGAGAUGAGUUUUGGCCGAUCCGUAGCCUCGUUUUGGGCAUAAGCACCGGUCGAAAACCUGGUCAUGAAGUGCAUAUAAAGAUCAUGAAAAUCAAGUAUUUGGUGGAAGAAUGUUUUUCUUCUUGAGUUGUUGCAUAAUUUGUGUUGCUGUUUACUUGGAGGGAUUGGCAAAGGGUUUGUAAGUUUGUUAGUUAUUUGUUUAGUGUCCAGGUGUUAUUUUUAUGUAAUCCCUUUUUUGUUUAAUUUUAAUGAAUUGUGUAUAUAGGGUUGAAAUCGAAUUCUUGACAUUUGUUUCUAUGCUAACAUUUGUUCAUGUUUCA